AUUUUUUAGUAUUUUGAUAUUUAGUGAACAUCUUUUUGUAUCGUAACAAUGCAUAAACUAUUGACUUAUAUUUUGGUUCUAAUAAAUUUAUGUGAACAAAUAUCUUGUAAUUGUAUUGUGUAUGAAAGUGAUCGCAAGCAUAUAACAUGCAGAAGUGAAACAUUCUCACUUAUAAAUAGUGUACUAGACAAGGAAUCUUAUGAAAUUCUCACAAUUGAAGAUCCUCUUGAUAAAGCUAUUCCAUCGUAUGGAAUAAACUAUCCGUCUCUAAUUGAAUUACAUCUGAACAAUAUAAAUAUAAUUUAUCCAAGUGCAUUUGAAAAUUUGCGUCGAUUGGAAAAAUUAACAAUCAGUCAUUCACCGGAAUUUACAACACUAGGUAAAGAUGCAUUGCAUUAUCUGGAAGCUGAAUAUUUGAAAAUUAAUGAAACUAAUUUGGAAACUAUUGAAAAAGGUGCUUUUGAUACAUGCCGUUUAGUUGAAUUAGAUCUAUCGUUUAACCGAAUCGUGUCAUUUGAAAACGGAUUGUUUGAUAGGUUAUUUCUUUUAGAAACUUUAAUUUUACGUUCAAAUAAUAUUAAACAGCUUCCACCAAAUAUAUUUGCAAAUUUGGAAAAUCUGGAGCGUCUGGACUUGUCAUCAAAUCAACUAACAUAUCUUCCAGAUGAACUGUUUCUAAUAGAUGGAGGAGUUUUGGAAAAUAUAAACUUAGCUAAUAAUAAUAUACAACACAUAAGUGAAAAAUUAUUUAAGGGAUCAUAUUUUCUAACUACUUUAAAUUUAAGCAAUAACAAAAUGAAAACCAUUGGAACCAAUACAUUUGAGUCAUGUAUAGAUUUAAAAACAUUAGAUUUAUCUGGAAAUAAUUUGGGAUCAAAUGUAUCUAGGGAAGAUUUAGGUUAUCUACCCUCUUUGAUUACUUUGAGCUUGGAUCCCGGUGAAUCAUCCAAUACAACAGAAAAUCCUAUAUUUUUUGGUUCAGAAAAUUCUUCGAGCGUCACAGAAAAUACAACAAUUCUGGGUUCAGACGAUUCUUCCAGCAUCACAGAAAAUACAGUGCUUCUAGAUUCAUCAGAUUCGUCCACAACUACUGAAAGCUCUAAUAAUUUAUAUUCUUCAGUAACUAAAGAGAAAAUUGAGAAAAUAAAUUCCCCAGUUACAGAAAAAGUAAAAAUUCAAACUGUAACUAGACCUGAAAUAGAGGAAAUCGAGCUAUUUACAUCUAGCCCUAAGGAUAUGGAAAUUCCAGUUUCCGAUGAAGCUGGAGAAGAAAUUAAUACAAAUUCUGAACAAGAGGAGGUUUCACUUCGACCAAGCAAUGAAAUAAAUACAACCCCACGACAACAUGUAAAUAAUAUACAAUCAUCUAUUAAUGAAACGGCUUUGGAAGCAACCAUCAGUACACCAUCAGAUAAUUUAUUACCGCCAGCAGUACUUUACAACAAAUUAGUACCACCAAAACCAGAAACGAUAAGAGUUCAAACAAGCAAUCAAAUUCCGUUUUUAUCACCUGUAAAAGGAAAAUCUAGUGAACGUUCAGGAAGCCAGUAUCCUAUAAUUCCGAUUCUAGAAUUAUCAACGAUUGUAUCAGGCAAAGAAAUUUCUCCACCAACUACACAAAAAACCAUUAACAAAAUAAAUACCCCUGAAAAACAAACAAAUUACGAAUCGGAGGAUGAGAUUCGUAUGAAACAAAGUGCAGCCGUUCCAUCUAGCAAUCCUUUAUUACCCCCACAUCCAAGUCAGCAUCAAAUAGACGUUGUUACAGAUGAACAAACAUUGAGAACAACUUCCGUACAGGAAACUAUUAACAAUCAUCCAGAUGAUAUAUAUUCUACUCCUGUGCAAGAACAAGAAAUAUUUCAGUCAGAGCAGGAAAUAACUACAACUCCUAUACAAGAAGAAAUUUCAUCUGAUGGAACCAUCAGUGCACCAUCAGAUAUUUCAUCCUUCAUACCUUCAGAACAAGAUCAAAUAAGCGACGUAACAAAUACACAAACAUCAAGAACUUCGUCUGUGCAAGAAACUAUUGACGAAUACUUGGGCAAUUUAAAUUAUAGUCUUGGGCAAGAAGAAAUUCUGGAUCGUACAAUUCCCAUAUCAUCUGAUCAAUCUGGAAAACAAAUUCCUUCAAUAUUAACACAAGAAUCCGUUAACAAAAUAAAUAUUCCCGAACAACAAAUAGAUAACGAAUCGGAGAAUGAAAAUUCAACUAGCCAAAUACCUGUUCCAUCAAGCAAUCCUUUAUUGCCGCCAUAUCAAACUCAAGAAAAAAUUCCUUUGGAAGAAAGCAUCAGUUUCCCAACAACUACACAAGAAACCGUUAUCAAAACAAAUAUUCCCAAACAACAAACAGAUAACGAAUCGGGGAAUGAAAAUCUUGAAAUUGAACAAACAAUACCUGUUCCGAAAAGAAAUCCUUUAUUACCUCCAUAUCAAACUAAAGAAAAGAUUCCUUUGGAAGGAAACGACAGUUCUCCAACAACUACACAAGAAGCCGAUAACAAAAUAAAUAUUCCCAAACAACAAACAGAUAACAAAUCGGGGAAUGAAAAUCCUUUUGAUCAAAGAAUAGCCGUUCCACCUAGGAAUCCUCUAGUACCUCCAUAUCAAACUAAAGAAAAGAUUCCUUUGGAAGAAAACGUCAGUUCUCCAACAAUUACACAAGAAGACGAUAACAAAAUAAAUAUUCCCAAACAACAAACAGAUAACGAAUCGGAGAAUGAAUAUCUUGAAAUUGAACAAACAAUACCUGUUCCGAAAAGAAAUCCUUUAUUACCUCCAUAUCAAACUAAAGAAAAGAUUCCUUUGGAAGGAAACGACAGUUAUUCAACAACUACACAAGAAGCCGAUAACAAAAUAAAUAUUCCCAAACAACAAACAGAUAACAAAUCGGGGAAUGAAAAUCCUUUUGACCAAAGAAUAGCCGUUCCACCCAGGAAUCCUCUAGUACCUCCAUAUCAAACUAAUGAAAAGAUUCCUUUGGAAGAAAAGGUCAGUCCUCCAACAACUACACAAGAAGCCGAUAACAAAAUAAAUAUUCCCAAACAACAAACAGAUAACGAAUCGGGGAAUGAAAAUCCUUUUGAUCAAGAAAUUGCCGUUCCACCUAGGAAUCCAUUAGUACCUCCAUAUCAAACUAAAGAUAAGAUUCCUUCGGUAGAAAGCAUCAGUUUUUGGAGAGAAAGAAACCAUAAAGGAAAUUUAUUCCCUACAAAUUCAAUACAAGGGCUAUCAAGUAUAGAAACAGCAAAGUAUAUUCCCACAACACCUCCCGUUCAUUCAAAUAAUGAAUUCCAUAUCAUUCCUAUAUUGAUAUCAGAUGAACCAAACAAACAAAAUAUUUCAAAACCCGUAGAAGAAAAAGUUAACACUCAAGCAUUUCCUACAAGGUUUGUACAGGAAACCAAUACAGAGAAAAUUCCUAUUACUUCAUCACAGGGAACAGAAAAUGAAUUUUCUACUAUAAAUAUCGCACAAACGUUAGAUGAUAAAUCAAAUGGAGAAAAUCUUAACCAACCUGACGAAGAAACAACAUAUCUUCAAACCGAAAGUGAUUUUCCUGAAUUAGAAACGACAACAGCUGAGAGAAUAGUCCCAAUAAAUGACCCAGAAACAACUUUAUUUGAAAUACGUGGAACCAGAGAUUAUUUUGACCAAACUACAGAAUUUGAAAUACGUGAAACCAGAGAUGAUUUCGACCAUCAGACUGAAAAGCUUCCAGCUUUUGGAACCGGAGAUCAUUUUAACCAUCAAACCGAAAUACUUCCUGCUUUUCCGACCGAAACUGUCAUUACAAAAAAACCAGAUGACAACGCUGGAGGUUGUUUAAAAAAACGUGCACAUUGGGAUUUUGUAAAUAAAGCUCUGUUUUAUGUAUGUGUGCUAUAUAAAUUCAUUUUGCCACAAUAAUCAGGCCAAUCUCAUUUAAUAUUUAGUAAAAUGGAAUCAAAAUAUUCUUCCAUAUAGUUUGAGAAUUGUAAAAAUUUUAAGGCCAAUAUCACAAUAAGAGGUAUUGUGAAAUUUUAUAUAAUUCUUUCUUCUGUACAUAGUCUGAAUACACAGUCGAAGGCCUUGUUUAAGGGUUAAAGGGCCCGGUAAAUUAGCUGAUUUUCAAAAAUUUAUUUUCAACAAAUUUUGAAAUAUUUGUACGCUUGUACACAUAUAGUGGAUAUUUUCUGUCUACUAGGUGCUCGAGAAAAUACUGCGUGUCAAUAAGGCCUGCAACCCUUCUGCCAGAUUUCGAAUUUUAUUUUCAAAAAAUUCACAAAAGGUUACUUGUACCAAUUUAAAAAUGUUCAAUAACUCCUAUACUGAUAAUAACGUGAAUGAUUUCCCUAGUUUAAAUUAUGAAUCCAAGUUUGUUUUUGACUGAAACUUUAACCUUGUUUUAAAGAAAUAAUUCGGCUUAAAUUAAUAUUGUAAGGUUAAUAUGAUUUCUUUAUUCUGGGCAAAUCGUAAUUUGUCGCUCGGUGAAAUUAAUUAUAUA